AUGAACACGGCCUUGACACGAAUUUAUGAAAAGCCCGCGGGGCCAAGUGGAGAACCAUUGGAGCCAGAUCCGUUGGUUAGGGAUGGUCGUUUCAUAACCCGUAUGGUAGAUCGAUAUGCAGAGAUGCAAUCUUUGUAUAUUCAUGAAAGGCGUCAACUUGACUUGAUGGAGCAUCUUUGGGCGGUGAAAGGCAAUGACAGUGAAUGA